CGUGAAAAACCAGUUAUCGGUGACCAACAGUACUCGCCGUGCUGCCUUGCCGGUAACUUCAUUUAAUUGUUUAUAUAUUAAUUUAUUAUUUUUUUUUCGAUCAAAUUAAUCUGUUCUAUGAGACGCAAUUGACGACCUCGUGUUUAAUUUAAAAAAAAUAUAAAUAUUACAUUUCAAAUAUAUCCCUCGUACUAAAAAAAAAAAAAUUAAAAUAUUAAUUAAUUACUCAAUUUUUUCUUGACAAAAAAAAAGACUAUUAAAUAUUUAUAUUUGAUUAAUUUUGUGAAUAUUAAAAAUAAAAAAAAAAAAGAGUUAAUUUAAUUUGAGUAAAUAAAAAGAGAAAAAAUUUUUCUUUUUUUUUUUUUUUUUUCUCAUCUGUGGUGUAAUAAGUUGUGUUCAGUUCAAAGUUUAAACAAGAUUAAUAAAUUUAUAUGUAUUUAUAGUUAUUUAUAGACAUUCGAUAUUUAAAAUGAUUAAAAAAUUGUUGGUUGUCGUGUUGCACUGAUUCCAGUGAAUCUUAAUAUCCGGCUUGAAAAAAAAUAAUAAAAAAUAUAAAUCAAGACAAUAAACAAUAUUUAAAAUAUCAUAUAUAUUUAAUCAGUCAGUCAAAAAUAAAAAAAUAAAUAAUAUUUCGAGACGUAUAAGUAAAAAAAAAUAAAUAAAUAAAAAUAAGAGUAUGUAAUCGUAUGUUCGUGCAAGAGAGUCGAUCCAAGUUAACGUGAAAUUCCACGCGGUGUGUGGCUAGUGGCGGGAGCAAAACGUUGCCAGAGAGUAGUUACCAAAGGCGUCAUCGUCCUUGAGAUUCUUUGGGAAAUUUAAGCGCGUUGUUGUUGGCCACUUUGUGUUAGUGUAUAAUCGACAGUGUCUGUGUGUUACUCUUUUAAAUAAAUAUCAUCUUCUCAACUGAUCAAAUCACCUCUUUGACAUUUUUUUUAUUUUUUUUAUUUUUUUUGUCUCGAAAAUAAAUAAAUAAAUAAAAAAUUUAUAUAUCAUUAUAAAAUCAAGAUCAUCGAUUCAAGAUAACAUAAAAGAAAAAAAAAAAAAAAGUGAAAAUAUAUAUAAAAAAAAAAACACUAAAAGUUAAAAUAAUAUUGACAAAAAAAUAUUAUUUAUUUAUAAAAGAUAAAAAAAAAAUUUAUAUAAAUUAAAACGUAGAAUUUUUUCAACGGGGUUAUUUAUUGAUUAAUUAAAAAAGAUUAAAAAAAAAAACGAAAAAAAAAAACAAUAAUAAUUUGUUGUUUUCAAUUGUGGAAAAAAAAAAAAAUUGCAAAAUUUCAUUCAAAACAUGACCACGUGACUGUUGCUUUAUAAACACUGUUGGACCACGUGCUUUACCCCCUCCAUCCCCUUUGCUCCUUCCCUUGUUGAAAAUAAAAAAAUAAUAAAAAAAAAAAAAAAACCAAAAAUCCCGUCACUCUUUCUACUAACAUCUUCCCCGUUACUUUUUUCCUUUUUCGACUAUAAAAAUUCCAUAGAUGUUUUUUAUUUAUUUAUAUUUUUGUAAGCCUACUCCAAUAAUAUCAUCCAGCUGUUUACCAACAAAAUAAGCAAAAAUUAGUCAAAUUAAACCUGAUAAUAAUAAAAAAAUAAAAAUGGAUACAAGUGCAAUUGACAGUAAUAAUUCAAUUGUUAUACCUGGUAAUACAUCACCUCUGCAAAAUCAACAGCCUCAUACACCACAGGGUUCAUUUGAACUUGAAAAUGGUUUUGAGCCACUACCAAGAGCACGUUCAAAUACAUGGCCAACACAAAGACCAGAUGGUUAUAUUGAUGGCAACACAAUAAUAUCAAAUAUUGGCAUUGACGUUGUCAAAGAAGAAAGUGAAGAUUGUGAACUUGAAUUACAACAUGGACAAUUAAAUUCAAAUGGUAAUCAUCAUAAUAAUAUUAAAAAAAAUUCAUCACGUAGAAAUGCAUGGGGUAAUUUGAGUUAUGCUGAUUUAAUAACAAGUGCUAUUACAAGCGCACCAGAACAUCGUUUAACAUUGUCACAAAUAUAUGAAUGGAUGGUACACAAUGUUUCAUAUUUCAUGGACAAGGGUGAUAGUAACAGUAGUGCUGGAUGGAAGAAUUCAAUUAGACACAAUCUUUCGUUGCACAAUAGAUUUAUGAGAGUUCAAAAUGAAGGCACUGGUAAAAGUUCAUGGUGGAUGAUAAAUCCUGAUGCAAAACCUGGUAAAUCAGCACGUAGAAGAGCUGCAUCAAUGGAAACAAGUAAAUUUGAAAAACGUCGUGGUAGAGCAAAGAAAAAAGUUGAAGCAUUUAAAAAUGGUAUGUUACAAAGUGAUGUAGCAUCAAGUCCAAGUAGUAGUGUAAGUGAAGGAAUUGAUCGUUAUGCUGAUAGUCCUCCUGUUCAUGCCAGUUGCUUUCAGCUAUCACCUGAAUUUCGACCAAGAACAUCAAGUAAUGCAUCAUCCAUCAGUAGACUUAGUCCAAUUCAGGCAGUACCAAGUGAACCAGAUUGGUCAUACAAUUCAUCUUACAGUGGUGAACAAUUAGCUGGUAAUCUUGCUGAAUCAUUAAAGCUCGAUUCAUAUGGAAUAUAUUCAUCACCACCAAAUCAUCAACAGCAACAACAACAACAGCCACCACCACCUUCUUAUUAUGAGACACAAUAUCAAAGAAGUAAUUCAUUUUCAACACCAUCACCGUAUGGUUUACCACCAACUUCACAAUCAACAAAUCAACAACAACAACAACAACAACAAAGAUGUCCAGUUGUUUGUCAAAUGAAUUUAAGUCCAACAUCAAGUUUAAGUAUGUCACCAUCAUACCAGAGUGAAGCAAGUACAUCACCAAUUGGUAAUCAACAACAACAUCAGCAACAGCAACAACAACAACAACAACCUCAGCAACAAGAUCAAAAUUUACAAUACCUCUUAGAAACCCAUCAAAGAUUACAACAACAGCAACAACAACAAAUGCAACGACAAGCUCAAACAAGACUAAUAAAUUCUAGUCAACCAGAAAUAUUAACUGGUACACCACCUGUUACGGUUAUGGGACAAUUAAUGGGUGCAUUGAAUACAAAUCGUACACUAUUGGAUGAUUUAAAUAUUAAUAUUGAAGGAUUGUCUGGUGAAUUUGAUUGUAAUGUUGAUGAGGUUAUUAAACAUGAAUUGUCAAUGGAUGGUACACUACGUUGUGACUUUAAUUUUCCUCAAAGUUUAAUGGGUACAUCUGAAAUUAAUGAUACAACAAUUAAUCAAAAUAAUGAUGUUACAUUGAAUAAUCAAAUUGGUACAGUACAAACAAACACACAAAAUGGUGGUGUUUAUGUUAAUAAUAAUUCAACAACAAAUGCUCCAGCAGCACCCUCAUGGGUUCACUAGCAUUGGAGUAAAUUAACAACAACAACAUCAACAUCAACAACAACCACAUCGUUCUCUUUAACAUCAACAUCACACCAUAAUUUUAAUUGUUUUUUUAAUAAUUUUGAUGAUUAUAAAAGACAAUAUAAUGGAAAUUUGGACGAGUGCCGUGAUGAUCGGCUUGUGAUAAGAAAUAGAAAUAAUAAUUCAAAAAUACGAAAAUAUUCGUAUUGGAAAGAUCCUAGUUUAGGCUAGUUAGUGCAAUUAGACAUUGCGUUGAAAUAAAUAUUCACAAAGAUGAAACAACAAUCAGAAAAACUAAAAAAAAAAUUCUAAUUUAAAAAAGAAAAAAAAAUUUCAAUCAAUUAGAAAAUUAAAAACGUACUAUUAAAUUUUUUUUUGCCAUAUUUCCUCAAGAAUAUCAGAACGAAAAUUAAAUAAUUCAAAAUUCAACUGAUUUUUCUUUGAAUAAAUACUCAAAGAUUUCUGCCAAAAAAAAAAAAAAAAAAAAAUAUAUAACAAUUCGAAAAAACAAAAGAAAAAAAAUAUUAUAAAAUAAAUCUAAAUUUUUUUGACAAGAAACAAGAUAUAUAAAAUAAAUAAAACAAAACAAGAAAAAAGCACGAUUGGUGCUUAAUUAUUCUGAGACGCUUUGCUACAAGUCAAUAAUGUGCCGUGAUUAUAUAAUAAUUAAUAAUAAAUAGCUAUAAUAAUCAAUGGUUAAUUAAAAAUAAAAAAUAAAAAUAAAUAACCGGGUAUAGACCUCAAAAAAACCUACAUAAACAAAUUACAAGUAAAUGAAAAAAAACUGAGGUACAAGCUCAAGUCAAUUUUUUAAAAUUAAGUAAAAGCAUUAAUUUCAUUUUUGUUACUAUUAUUAUUAUAUUUUAUUAUUUUUAUUUUUAAAUAUUUUGCAUGUCAAAAUUGUCAAUGAAUUUUAAAACAUGCAGUGCUCACCAUAGUUAAAUAAAUUAAUCAUGCUUAUACCUAAAAAAUAAAAAAUAUAUAUAUUUGUUUAGAAAAAGAAAAACAUAUAUUGUUUGCGUUAAUAUGAUAAAUUUAAAAAAUAAGAUUACCCGUUCUGUACGUUCAACAAUAUAUUUAUAAAUGUGAAAAUAUUAAUAUAGAUUAAAAAAAAUAUAUUAGAUGUAUUUAUAAUAAAAUUAAUUAGAUAAUACAUGUGAAUCGUUUAUAUAUAUAUCAGCAUGAUAACGUAAAUGUUAUGUGUAUAUAUAUCCAAGUGCGGAGCCAAUACAAGUUUAUCUAGAAAAAAAAUAUGAAAAUUACAAAAUCAUACGUAGAUUGCUAUAUCAUUAUUAGAUAAUUUCUUUUUUUUUUUUUUUUAAGAUUUGUAGAUAGAAAAUGAUUAAAUGUAAGCUACAAUGAAUUGUUAGUCAAAAAAAAAAUUGAUAAUUUGAUUAUAAUCAUUGUUAAUAAUAUUCGGUAGAUGAAAAUUGCAUCAAAAAAAAAAAUUAUUGGCCUAUAUGUGUCUGUGCGAAAA